AUGAGCUCUCGUCCUACAUCUCGACCGAAUUCUUCCCGAAGAGGUUGCUGGACAUGUAAAAGGCACCAUCGCACGUGCGACGAAACAAAACCUUCCUGCCUACGAUGUAGACAAUAUGCGGUCGAGUGCGAGGGCUAUGGCGCCAAACGAGUGGCAUUUCGGCCGGCAAACAAGAAGAAUGCGAACAAAGGUCGCGCCGCUGGGAACUCCCCCCAGACAAUGACUGCCGUUACCAGCGCAUCUCUAUUUCCAUCAACGACUUCAGACAUCCCAUCGCCGUCGCCUUACUCGCCUCUAUCAAGUUCAGGCAUACUUUCAUCGACACCGAUUGACCACCACCAGCGCACAUUAUUGAACCACUUCCUCAGCGACUUUGCGCCACUACGAUCCUUGUCUCCUCUCCAAAAUAUUUUCGAAGAGGAUAUUGCUCCUCUAGCCCUUAGCCACCAUCAUGUUCGCACCGCCAUUGUCGCGGUAAUAUCGGCUUUGCAGCAAAGCCACGGCUCUACCCCUCGUCCUCAAAUGCGACACAGCGUGGAUGCGUUCCAGCAUUAUGAAGAAGCUGUACGAUUACUCCGGCAGUCAGUCGAUCGAUUUGAGCAAGGGAAAGAAGUUGUAAGCUCUUCUCAUAGGAGCCCACCAGAUGAUAUGAAUGCGUGUUUGGCCGCCGCUUAUCUUCUUACAUGGUUUGAGGUAUUGGUGUAUGAUCCUCAGAAGUGGGUGAUCCACCUCGAGGCACUAUGCGGUCUAAUCAAUAGGAGCGGGCCAUCACUCAUUCAAACAACAUUCGGUCGACGUCUAGUUCAUGCAGUUGCCAGACUCGAUUGUCAAAAUGCACUAUCCAACCGCGGGCGGCCUUUGCUGGAUAAUUUCUGGUACGAAAUUCUCGAAUCAGACACUAUAUAUAUGCCUAUUACGACAGUCGAUGUUGGGGACAAUGUCAGCCUCACAGAGACCGAAUUGGAAGCCAUGGCUGUUGAGUACUGCAGAAAACUGCAUGGAUUGCUUGGAGCAGCGGCAUUUCUGAGUUAUGAAUGGACCAGCAAUACGCCGCGGGUUACGGGUGACAGUUUGAGAGAGCGAGUUCUUCAUGUUCUUCAUCGGUUGACUUUAUGGUAUCAGUCAAUACCAAUUCCUCUACGUUGGCCCGAAGACGUGGACAACAGUCCAAUCGACACUGAAACCAUCUUUGAAGGUGACCAAGAAAGGAGGCGUUCUCACCUGCAAAAGAUGAUACUUUUGCACUACUAUGCGAUCCGGGUCCACUUGUACCACAUGCUAGACCCGGUACGCAACCCAAGAUUGAUGCAAUUGUCCAUCAAUUUGGCGCAGAAAUGCCUCUACAUCAUUCGCGCCCUUGACAAUACUUUCUCCUUCCCGACCCCUCGAACGGAAGGUAUACACAGAGCCACUCAAGGCAGUAAGAAAACAACGACGACAACACACAAAUCAACACAUAAUACUAAACCUUCCCAAUACCCAAGUGACAUGCCAGUAUCCUUUGUUUUCGCUUGCAUUGGCGUCGUCCUCCGAGAUCCGUCUCAACGAGGUUGGAUCAGUGAGUAUCUCAUGCAACUAGGCCGCGAAGGCAUCUGGUGCGGCUAUGAAAGAGCACUCUGCCUACAUGCCUGGUGGAAAAGCGAUAAUACCAUCACCGGAUUUGGCGAGGAAGCAUCAAACACAAAGAAGAGACUAAUCAAAUCAAUUCCCCGUCGCCAUGAAGUUCCGAAUGGGUCGUUGACGACUUGGACUCCGGAAAUGGGUAAUGCAGACGGAUUAGGCGAUAUCCGCCGGAAAGAGCUCCAACAAAGCGCCGUCCAUUUAGGCCUCCGAGACGAAUCCGACGUUUUCGUGAUCGAUGACCCUUCCCGUUUCCCCGAUAGCAUGACUACAACAUGGUCGACGAAGGAUGUCUCGUCCCUUUUGGCGUCGGCCUUUGCUCCCGAGCUUGCAUCUGGACGAGCAGCGCGUGAAGACGUAGCUCCCAAAGCUACCAUCGACGUCAUUUUGACCUUUGACGAAUACGGCGUUAGCAAUCACCCCAACCAUCGAUCUCUAUACCACGGCGCGGUCGCAUUUUUGAAGGCUUUGAUGGAUGGCAAGAGCGGGUACUCGUGCCCCGUGACCUUGUACACGUUAACAACAACAAACGUCGUCCGGAAGUAUUCCGGUAUCCUCGAUUCGUUCUUGACGAUGGUGCUCGGUGCAUUCACAAACCUUGGUGACUCGAUGAAAUUAGCAGGCAAGAAGGGAGCCACGAAAGAUAAUGGUUGUGCAGGUCGUCUUUUGUAUAUCAGCUCGUUUCAGGACUGGGUACAGGCUCGCACUGCGAUGACUGAUGGGCACAAGAGUCAGAUGCUGUGGUUUCGAUGGGGCUGGAUUACUAUCGGACGAUAUAUGUUUGUCAAUGAUUUGAAGAGGGAGAAGAUAUGA